AUGGAUUCACUGUUUCAAACUUUUCCUUCCUUCUGCAUUAAGAGCUUCAGAACAGCAUUUCUGUACUGUGGAGACAUCAGACAUGCCCUUCCUCCCACGGUAGACGAGUACUGGCAGCCAGCGGCCGACAGUGGUAUUGUGAGCCUUGAUAGGGACAUGAGAUUUUAUGUGCCUUGUGGCUUGGAUGGUGACCUUCUCAGAAUUCAUGGACCUAUUAAUGGGUUGGUAAAGAAUAUCAUGUUCCAUCAAAACAAGAUCCAAAUGGGACCGGUGACCGGGAAACAAGAAGACAAAGAUAUUAAACAGUCUUAA